AUGGAUGAAUGCAGUUCAGAAAUAGGUUCUUCCAAUGGUGCAUCAGGCCAUUCACCUAUCACCAUUACGGAAACCUCGCCACGGAAAUGUCCUGCAACUGACGAUGAGUGUACUUCACUGCAAUCACUUUAUGACAAGUACAGCGUUCAGCAGAAAGAAAUAGAACGGUUAGAAGAACAGAAUUCGGAAUACCGCGAAAAACUGCUGAAAACGAUUCGAGAACGUGACUUGAAUGAGGAGCUUCUGCGCAACCUACGUGACGCUCAAAAGAAAGAGACGUCCGAAUUCGAAAAACGUAUACGGGACUAUGAAAUACAGUUAAAGGCUGUACAGGAGCGAGCUGCUGCCCAGGAAGCUCACUACAGUGUGACUAUGAAAGAUCUUUCAUUAAAGUACAACACUUCAGUUAGCCAGUUGACUAAGAAAGCAGAUAUCGCUGAGAAAGAGAAAAACGAUGCGGUAAUAAAGUAUGCUACGAGAGAGGCGGAGAUAAUGCGGAUACGAAAUGAGAUACAGAAAAAAGAACAGGAACUCGUUGAGUGUCAAAAAGCUAAGGAAGAGCUACAACACUGCCAAAGCCAGGAGAACAUUGAGCAAUUGGAGAAAGCAAACAACAGUCUACGGGUAGAACUUGAACAGGUUAAGCACGAGAAAUUUGAUUUGGAAAACAAAUUGAAAAUGUCAGAGAAAAGAGCAGAGGCCUGCAAUACCACAUCAGUUGAGCUAAAGCAACACAACGAUGUGCUUCGGAAGCAGCUCAUACAAAUGAAGGAGGAGAAAGGACAACUCCAAGAAGAGAAUCGCCAGCUGUCGUUGAAGACACAGAUCUUAGAAUCGCGCCGAAUGCACGAGUCAGAAGAGUUGAGCCGUUCACAGCAAGAUAUGGAACGUCGACUAACUGAAGCCAAUGCUCAGUGUGCUCAUCUCAGUGAUGCAAAUCGCGAGGCUAACGCAAGGCUUGAAGAAGUGACGCGUGAGAAUCUCGACCUUAUGAACAAACUGCAAGACCUCGAAGAUAAGUUAUCACUGGAAGAAGAGGCUCAUGCGGCAGCAUCGAUGAGAUUGCGAGGUUACAGGGUAUUGAAAAACAACAGUCAAAAACAGGCGCAACGAGCGAAAGAUGCUCAAGAGCUGGCAGAAAAAGACCGAGAGGUUGCUGAAAAGGAAGCUGAAGAAUGCCGUCAGCAAGCUGAAAGAAUGCUAGCGAUCACCGAGCAACUCACGGAACGAAACAGUCAGCUAGCCGGAGAUGUGGCUGCUGAGAGAGAGAAGAACUGCCGUCUCGAGCAACAACUUGUAGAGACUGAUGGUUCGUUAAGCCGCGCACUCUUGAAGCUAUCAGAAAGGGAGAAAGAUCUUGAAGAGGCUACCGGAAGUGGACAGACUGAGAUCGCGUCAUUGAAAAGUGAGCUUAAUGAAAAGAUCGUGAAAGUCCAACAGCUAACUCAACGGUUGCAAGAAGAGCGAACUGAUAACGUGGCGCUCAAGAAGAAGUACAUGGCAAAUAUCAAACCUUCGAAAACAAGUGGAUACGAGCAGCGCCCAUGCUCCACUAGCCCCACCUCAAUCAGGAGAUUCAGUGCCAAGUACGAGUUCGCGCGAUCAAGAGCAAGCUCGUUGAAUAGCCUCGACAGAGUGACGACGGUUUCCCGAGACGAAGACAGCGCUCAGUCAGCGCAAGCGUCAACAGAAUCCACUGCUAUUCAACAAGUUAUGAUAGAUAAGAUUAUUGUAUUGCAAAAGAAGCUUGCGCGGAGAAAUGAUAAGAUCGAGUUCUUGGAAGAACACGUUCGGCAUUGUUUAGAGGAAUUACAAAAGAAAAACAGGAUAAUUCAACACUAUGCAUUACGUGAGGAAGCCUCUUUAUUACUUCCUUCGGAUGGAUCUUUGGAUAAGGUACGCAAUUUUCUUGAAGUGCUAUUUAUCAUU